CAGACAGAGGGAGACUGCCUCUUCUCCCCCCAAAGCCCUCCCUUCUCGAGCCCCCCCUCCCCUCCGCUCACCUUAAAACCACCGUGCAUCACGAUGGCGAGUUGCUCCUUCGCUGGCCACCAAGCGCUAAGGAGACAGAGAGCCUAAGCAGCAGCCACAGCAGCAGCAGCAGCAGCCUCCGCAGCUCUAGCAGCAGUGGCGACCACCCCGAAUCUUUCCUCCGGAACCCCGACCGCACUCAUUGGGACCGGGUCGUCCUGUCCGGGAGCCAUGUGGCUCUCCACAGCCACUGGCUCCCGGUCAGACUCCGAGUCCGAAGAGGAGGACCUCCCCGUCGGGGAUGAAGUCUGCAAACGCGGCUACCUGAGGAAGCAGAAGCAUGGGCAUAGGCGUUACUUCGUGCUCAAACUCGAGACCGCAGACGCUCCGGCUCGGCUCGAAUACUACCAAAAUGCCAGGAAGUUCCGGCACAGUGUCCGCGCCGCGGCCGCUGCAGCAGAGGCGGCCGCCUCCGGUGCUGCUGCGGUCCCCGCGCUCAUCCCACCACGGCGCGUGAUCAUCCUGUACGAAUGCUUCUCCGUGAGCCAGCGCGCCGAUGCCAGGUACCGACACCUCAUUGCCCUUUUUACCCAGGACGAAUACUUCGCGAUGGUGGCCGAAAACGAGUCGGAACAAGAAAGCUGGUACUUGCUCCUCAGCCGCCUCAUCCUCGAGAGCAAGCGCCGCCGCUGCGGCACGCUAGGCGCGCAGCCGGACGGAGAGCCGGGAGCCCUGGCGGCCGCAGCGGUGGCGGAGCCACCCUUCUACAAAGAUGUGUGGCAGGUAGUAGUGAAACCCAGGGGGCUGGGGCACAGAAAAGAGCUGAGCGGCGUGUUCCGGCUGUGUCUUACCGACGAAGAGGUAGUGUUUGUAAGGCUCAAUACCGAAGUGGCCACUGUGGUCGUCCAGCUGUUGAGCAUUCGACGCUGUGGGCACUCGGAGCACUUUUUCUUCUUGGAAGUCGGCAGGUCCACUGUCAUCGGUCCAGGGGAGCUGUGGAUGGAGGUGGAUGACUCCGUGGUGGCCCAAAAUAUGCAUGAGUUGUUUUUGGAGAAGAUGAGAGCCUUGUGCGCAGACGAAUACAGAGCCCGAUGCCGCACCUACAGCAUCAGUAUUGGCGCCCACCUGUUAACCCUGCUGUCCACUAGGAGGCACCUAGGCUUGCUCUCGCUGGAGCCCAGCGGCUGGUUCAGAAGAUCUCACUUUGAGCAGUUUUGCCGCCUCAGAGCUAUCGGUGGCAGGGAAGCGGAGAUGCUAUUCACCAGGCGCUUAAUCGCACCCAGAGAGCCUCCGCCUCCCUUCAGGCGAGGAAAAGGGCACCUGCCCAGAGCCCGCAGGUCCAGAAGAGCCGCGUCAGUACCACCCAGCCUUUUCCGACGCUCAGCACCUAGCCCGGGACUUAUCCCACAGCCUGAAGAUGCUCCCAACGACAGAGCCUGUGAAGCCUCGGGUUCCAGCUCUGGCAACACUGAAGAAAAAGACAAGGAAGGUGAGGAAGGAAACGGAGGUGAUUACAUACCUAUGAACAACUGGGGCUCAGGAAAUGGCCGGGGCUCAGGAGGUGGACAGGGCUCAAGUGGCCAAGGCUCCAGUAGCCAGAGCUCAGGUGGGAGACAGGGAUCUGGAGGUGGCCAGGGCACAGGAGGCCAGAGUUCAGGAGGCCAGGGUGCUGGAGGAAACCAGUGUUCAGGAAAUGGCCAGGGCACGGCAGGUGGCCAUGGCUCAGGUGGAGGUGGCCAUGGCUCAGGUGGUGGCCAGAGACCCGGAGAUGGUCGUGGCUCAGGUGGUGGCAAGAACUCAGGAGGGAGCAAAGGCUCAGGAAGUGGGAAAAAUUCUGACGAUGGUGACCGUGGAAAAUCUGUGAAGAAAAGAUCCUACUUCAGUAAAUUCACUCAAAGCAAGCAGCAGCAAACGCUGCCUCCACCGCCACCGCCACCGCCAACAGCUGGAGCAACUGGUGGCAAAGCAAAGUCUGGGGGAAGAUUCCGACUUUAUUUUUGCGCAGACAGAGGCACAAAAGAACGCAAAGCAGCCAAAGAGGUGAGAGAUAGGGAGACCCCAGAAGGUGCAACCCGGGGGCCUCACAGAGCCAGAGCUUUCGAUGAAGAUGAAGAUGACCCCUAUGUGCCAAUGAGGCCAGGGGUGGCUGCUCCUCUUGCGUGCUCCAGUGAUUACAUGCCAAUGGCUCCUCAAAAUUCCUCUGCUUCAACAAAACGCCACUCUAGGUCACCCUUUGAAGACUCUAGAGGCUACAUGAUGAUGUUUCCCAGAGUGAGCCCACCACCACCACCUGCUCCAAGUGCUCCGAAAGCAUCGCAUACUAAUAAAGAGGAUGACUCAAAGGACAAUGACAGUGACAGUGAUUACAUGUUUAUGGCUCCUGGAGCAGGUGCGAUUCCUAAACAUCCUCCCAAUCCUCAGGGAGGCUCUUCCUCCAAAAGUUGGAGCUCUUACUUCUCUCUGCCAAGUCCUCUUCAGAGUUCACCUUUGGGACAGAGUGACCACAGUGAGUAUGUUCCGAUGUUACCUGGGAAAUUCCUGGGGAGCGGUCUAAACAAAGACGCCUCCUUUAGCCAGGGCACCAAAGAUAUAUUUUCAAAGCCUUCAACUGAGAGGUCAUUCUCAAGACCUGAAGAUAAGAGGUCAUCUGCAAAGCCUUCAGAUGAUGUGCCCCCAAUGAACAAGGCUAAGGAACCUAACCGAGUUUCCUUUACUGCAAAGGAUAACACAAUAAAGCCCAGACCACUAAACCCCACACAGGAGCAGAGAGAAGCUGACAGCUCCCGUGACUAUAUCAAUAUUGACUUUAUUAAGAGAGAGCGCCUUGUGCUAGCUCCCUCUGCUCAAGGACUGCCAGACUUGUGGGGUGUAAUUACUGACCCCAGACCCACAGCUUUUUCUAGGUACCUGAAUGUUGAAGUCGGGGUGCCCUUUCCAAAUCCAACAGUCCGCCUCUCAGAUCUUUUAAGAGUUCUACCAGGUGCUAGGGGGCCCUUUCGUCUUUUCCCAGGCAGUGCUAUAGGUAGCAUCGUGGAAGUGGGUGACUACAUUGAAGUAAUUUUAAACCCAGCCAUGCCUUUUGCGGACAGUGCCAUUUGCUAUGAUGCUCAAACCGGUGAAAUCUAUGUAGUCGACCCAUUCUCUGAGUGCUGUAUGGAUGUUUCUCUCUCUCCCGGUCGAUUCUCUGAACCGCCACCUGUAGCUAGGCUGCUGCAGGAGGAAGUGCAGGAGAGAAGACGCCCACAAAGCCGCUCCCAAAAUUUAUUUGCCAACACUCGAGCCGCAGUCUCGGCUUUCUCGACUGACAGCUUGGACAGAGACUUUCCCGCCGCGUCUGCGGUGAUUGCUGCUCCAGCUGGGGCGCCCCUCUGGGCAGUGAGCCGGGCUUUAGCGGUGGUCUCUGCGCUCGCAGCGGCCCCCAGCCUUGGCGAUGUCUUUGCCGGCUUCCACUCCCCAGCAGGAGUUGACUCCGCCUCCAUUCGCUGGUUCCAACCUGUUGCUAACGCUCGUGGUGCCCACGCUGUAAGAGAGGUCCAGGACAUUGCCGCAGGCUGGAAUCCUGGAGCCCUUAACCAAGGUGCUAGAGGUAGGGACCUAGCGGCCGGCGCAGCCGCUCCCCCACCGCCACCUCGCCAGCGUCGGGUGCUGAGACCCCGAGAGAGAGCAGAUUUCGACGACAACGGCAAUGAAGAUGAUGACAUUUACGUGAGAAUGGACUUUGCCAGACGUGACUACAAGAAGUGACCACUCUCCGAAAUGAGAGUGAUUACACUGCCACCAAAACAAACACAUUUUAGAAGAAAAAUGACACAGAAUUUCAUCUUCAUCUACUCCAGAUCUGCCUAAAAGAAAGAAAAUUCUGAAGCUUCUGAAUAGAAACCAACCUUGAUUUCUACAAGCAGACCGUGGCAGCUGAAUGAGCUUGCUCAUGGACUUUAUUCUCAGUAUUGUGCCCUGCAUCCACUGAUUGACUGAAAUAUGUGCACACUGUACACUGGCUUUGCUUCCUAGGUUCCCUGAUGUAUCUCUUUGAAAGGAAUGAGAUGCUAUAAGUUAGUAUCUCAUAACACUUCCCCUUUCCUCUGUAAAAAAAAAUGUGUAAAUAUAGCCAGCAUCAGUUUUAAGGGCAUAUAAUACUUGGAGAAAUUUUCAAUGAGAGUAUCUUUAAACAAUGGCAGAUAAAGAGACAUAUAUAUGAACAAGAAGGUAGGUAUGAUCUGGAAUCUUUUUUCUGAGCAGUACAUACUUAAAACAUUUCUUGAUCAAGGAAUUAAUGUGAACUGAACUUCUAUCUUGACAGGACAUUUUCAGUAUUUUAAAGACAUGACUAACGGGCAAAUUAUCUCAGAUUUUGCUCAUUAACAAGACUACAAAAUUCUAUCGACACUAACCAUCAACUAAAGUGAUAUCUUGACAGAGUAGUUCUAGCAUUUUAAAGGCAGAGCCAAGGAACAGGUUUUCUACUUCUUUCUGUAGAACCUGUUGAUGUUCUGCUAUCCAAUUGAACAUUUCCAAACCUAUUGUUUUGAUUUUAUUUUGAAAUCUACAUUUAUCCCUGUAAAGAGGCAAGUAUCCAUUUCACAAGACCCUUUCUUUCUCUCUGGGGGCUCCUCCUUUCAACUCUUUAAACUGCCUCCCCUCUUUCUGACUUUCCCCCUAGUAACCAUUCUCUCUCCCAUGUCCAGGAUGCCCAGCAUGCCUAUAAAGACAUUACUUUCCCAUAUAUAGAAAUUGGCGUAUACCUAUCAAUUAAUCAACUAAUCAACUGAUGCCUAAAACCCAAGCCAAAAGGAACCUCUUAUAAGGCCUUGUUUCCUUCUGGACAACGAAGCCAAUAUAAGAUGUACAAAAUUUAAAAGAAAAAUUUCAGAGCAAGCCCCUCCCCCCCUUUUUGCUUGCCUCUGAUGGAAACUGAAUUAAGAUUUUAGGAACCUGGACCUUUGAGAACAUGAUAACAACAGGUGGUGACCACACAGGAUAGGUACAAAGGUCUUGAAGCUUGCUUAGAGCUUUGUUAUGUGGUGGCACACAGCUCUUGGCUGUCGUACCAUCACUGGCAAACCUCAUCAUCUCACAGAUGGGUGUGAGUGUUUGAGCAAGUGUCUGCAAAAGUGUGUGAGUGCUAGUGUGUGUGUGCACACAUUGUGUGUAUGUACACCUUUGUGUACCUGUGAACAUGUGAUACAUGUGAUUAUAGACGUACCUAUUGUGUGUAACUCUGUUUAAAAAAAAUUGCUUCGCAUUUAACGUGCAACUUUGAAGUAGUGUGAAACUUACCUGAAGUUCUUUGCCACUCGGUUCCUACAUCUUUGAACGUGUGCUUCUAUCUUUGAGCAGGCUUCUAGUACAUGUGGCUAAACUAACUUCCCAAAGAACCGAGUUGAUUUCUAUUGUUUCUCCCUGCCUACUAAGCAAAGUGAUGGGGGUUGUGUGUGUGUGUGCUCCUUUUCCCCCAUGUGAAUUGUGCUGAAGAGAGGAUGUGGCUUCAAUGCCAGUCACUGAACCAGUUUCUGGUCAUUGCUGGGACAUCACUUGCUUUCAUCAGUCCCUUCAGGCUCCUCUCUUGUUCCUACCUAAUUCAGUAAUGCAGUGUGGCUUUUGUUCAUCGUAACAGUGUACUCCUUAGGCAGCCUUUCUUCAGGCCUUCUAUUACCAUUUAAUAUUCAAGUAAGUUGUCAUAAUCGUUCAGAAUUGUAGCAAGAAAAGAUUUGAGGGAAACGGCUGUAUUACUUUAUUCAUGUAUUCUGUUUGGAGGCUGCCAAUAGACAGGGUACAGAAGGUAGAGCACAGAGAUAGCACACUUGCUGAAUAAAUGAAUGGAAACCUCAUACACAACUGGACACACAAUUAGUCACAGGUACAAAUAGUCACAGGUACUGCAUAACAAAUAUGCAAUCUUUUAAACACGACUUCUUAGUUUACAGGUAUAAUUAAUUUAUUCAGUAUUGUGCUGGAAGAAUCUAUGGAAUAUGUGUACCGAAAUAUCACUUACCUUCCAGUGGUCAGUAUGCUGCUGAGAAAAAUAACGAUGGAACGAUUUGUGUGUGUGAGCACUACAUUAGUUUGGUGUCAUACAUAGUUACUUGGUCAGUAAAACCUAGAGCUUUACAGUUCCAACAGUUCAUUACAUUUGCUAUUUCUGCUUCACAGACCUGCUUUGAGUUGCUCUGUGUUUGUCUUCCUUUGUAAAUAUUCUUAAACCUUCUUGUUUGUAAGCAUCUGGUUUGCAGUUUUGGGAGACUACCGUGCAACUCUGUAUAGUGUUUAUAUAUAUCUGCCUUGCUUUUCCUUAGAGCUACUUGCAAUAAAUGUGUUCAUGUAA